UAAAUUUCAACCGCAUAUUUAAUCAUUUAUGUCAACAUUAUUUAAUGAUUGUAGCAUUUUUUUCCAGGUAUGGUCUUUUCUGGUUAAAGAAAAGAAGAGAAGGAAAGAGGAUUUUUAUUGAUCAAGUUAAGGUUGUUCCUUACCAACCUAUAUAUGGUGCCCCUGUUGGAGGCAUUGGCUGUGGCACCAUAGGCCGAGGGUUCAGGGGAGAAUUCUGCAGGUUUCAGAUGGUCCCUGGCAUCUACCAGUGGCAUGUGGUGGAAGCUAAUCAGUUUACAGUGUGUGUAAGGAGGAAAGGACAAACAGUGUAUCAGCAGGUGUUGUCCCCCCACAGACCCAAGGGUCCUGGGCUCACUGCCUGGAAUUGGGCCUUUCAUGGAGAGUAUGCCACCUAUCAUGCCCUAUAUCCUAGGUCUUGGACAACAUAUGAUUUGCCAGGCCAGAAUAUACGGUUAAUCUGUAGACAGGUUUCUCCAGUAUUCCCUCAUGAUUAUAAGGACACCAGUCUUCCAGCAGCUGCCUUCAUAUGGAGCAUAGAAAACCAGGGUAGUGAGCCCGUAGAUGUCAGCAUAAUGUUCACAUUCAAGAAUGGUCAGGGUAUUCGUGAGGACAAGAAGGGUGGAGUGUGGAAUGAACCCUUUGAAUCCACACACAAUGCAACCAAGGUCUCUGGUGUCAUGAUACAUCAGACAUUCAAAGAAAUGGGAUGUACUUAUGCUGUGGCUGCCUCUCACAGGGAGGGAGUGCAAGUAAGUCACAAAGUCUCCUUUGACCCUAACAGUCCUGCUGUGAAUGUGUGGCGAGAUCUUCUGGAGGACGGGGAGCUGGAUUCAUGUCCAGACCCUAGUCCAAAGACUUCUAGAGGCCAGGAACUUGCCACAGCUGUGUGUGCCAAAUGUCAUGUAAAGCCUCAAAGUACACAGCAAAUGGACUUUAGUCUUACAUGGGACAUGCCUGUGAUAUACUUUGGUGCCAAGGAGCAGUUGUACUGCAGGCGGUACACUCGCUGGUUUGGCAGUUCAGGGAAUGCCUCUCCUCAUCUGGCCAGCCACACACUGAACAACUAUCAUAUAUGGGAGAAGAAGAUUGAUGAAUGGCAGAAACCAAUUGUACAGAAUAGGCACCUCCCUGACUGGUAUAAGUCUGCCCUGUUUAACGAGCUCUACUUUGUGAGUGAUGGGGGCACGGUGUGGGUGGACAAGAUGGCACACAAAAAUGGUUUCCAGGAUUCGAAAGCAGACACACCUCCCAGAGAAGAAGAUUCUCAGAAAGAUGUCAGAGACAACCCUCUAGAACAAGAGUAUGGAAAGUUUGGGUAUUUAGAAGGCCAGGAAUACAGAAUGUACAAUACCUAUGAUGUCCAUUACUAUGCAUCAUUUGCCCUGAUAAUGCUGUGGCCAAAGCUACAACUCAGUCUUCAGUAUGACUUGGCUAUGGACAUACCAAGAGAAGAUCUGACACGUUUCAAAUUCUGCAUGGAUGGCAAUGUAGAUGUGGUCAAAGCCAAGAACUGUGUACCUCAUGAUGUUGGUGACCCAGAGGACGAGCCAUGGAUCAGAACCAACUGUUAUGCAAUCCAUGCCACCCAUGACUGGAAGGAUCUCAACCCAAAGUUUGUACUUCAGGUGUACAGAGACUAUCAUAUAACCAAGGACCAUGCCUAUAUGAAAAGCAUGUACCCAUGUGCCAAGGCUGUGACAGACAGUUGUCUGAGGUUUGAUCAUGAUGGAGAUGGCCUGAUUGAAAAUGGUGGAUUUGCAGACCAGACGUAUGAUUCCUGGUCUAUGACAGGUGCCAGUGCAUAUUGUGGAGGUUUAUGGCUGGCUUCACUGCACUUGAUGUGCCUAAUGGCAAGACAGCUGGGUUACUAUGGAGACGAAAAGAAAUAUAAGGAAAUACUGGACAAAGGCAAAAUCUCCUUUGAGAGAAAACUGUGGAAUGGUAUGUGA